AAACCAACGGCAGCAUAUUUGAGUUCACUCAGCAGCCCAGUGCCUUGGGAAGGAGAGGAGUAUUUGAAACCAGAGCUAGAAGAUGAUCUCCUACUUCAGUUUGAUAUAGAUGAUCUUUGUGAACCUACAAACGUUUUGUGUUCUAAUGGUUUAAAUGAUACCAUGAUGCUCCUUGAACAAUUAAAACAUGCGGAUCACAGAGCAAGACUCGCAGAAGCAGCCUUGGCUAGAGCACAAGAUGAUCUUCAAAAAAUGAAACAAUUUGCACGGGAUUUUGUGAUGAACACAGAUGUCGGCAGCAGCUCGUCGUCCAGCGCCAUUGCAGACCUUCAUGAGGAUGAGGAUGGUGUUUACUUCAGUUCCUAUGGGCAUUAUGGGAUACAUGAAGAGAUGCUAAAGGAUAAAGUGCGUACAGAAAGCUAUCGUGACUUCAUCUAUCAAAACUCACAUAUCUUCAAGGACAAGGUGGUUUUGGAUGUUGGCUGUGGAACUGGAAUACUCUCCAUGUUCGCCGCCAAAGCAGGCGCGAAGAGAGUGAUUGGAGUUGACCAGUCUGAAAUCGUCUAUCAGGCCAUGGACAUCAUUAGAUUAAAUAAACUUGAAAAUAUCAUUACAUUAGUCAAAGGAAGAAUUGAAGAAGUAGAUCUGCCUUUGGAAAAAGUGGAUGUCAUUAUAUCUGAAUGGAUGGGUUAUUUUCUUCUUUUUGAGUCAAUGCUGGAUUCUGUCAUCUAUGCAAAGGACAAGUACCUGGCAGAGGGAGGCUCAGUUUAUCCUGACAUUUGCACCAUUAGUUUAGUAGCUGUGGGGGAUAUGAAUAAAUAUGUGGACAAGCUGCUUUUCUGGGAAGAUGUAUAUGGCUUUGACAUGUCUUGCAUGAAGAAGGCUGUAAUUCCAGAAGCUGUUGUGGAGGUGCUGGAUCCGAACACACUGAUAUCUACAGCCGUUGUCAUUAAG